UUGGCGCUUGACAUCGUUGGCUCAUAAUGUGGCUGCCACCCAUACGCGGGCGGCGCGGGCAAGCUCACCCAACGACAAGACACCCUCGCGUCGCGGUCGCUCGCUCGAACAAUAAUAAAACCGGGCAACGCGCGCGCGUCAGAGACGUCGUGCCCUCCUCGCCCGCCCACACUUGUUAAUCCAGCCUCGUUCAUCGCAAGAAUCGCACUCGCAAUCGCCACGUUUGAUCUGACCCACCACUAGCAGCAUUGCGGCGAGCAAUGCGGGACCUGUCGUGCUUCGGCGACGGCUCCGUCGCCGUCGCCGCGGCCUCCGUCUCCGGCCGCGGCUGCGCCCUCGACCGGACGCUGCAGGCGGCGACCACCAGCGUGUACAGCGCGCGUCUGUCCUGCGGCAAGGAGAUCCUCAUCCGGGUGACGUGGACCCGGAGCACCGCCGGAGCCCCGGGGCUGGCCGUCGCCUUCGACGACGACGACGAACGCCUCCCGUCGGCAUCGUCAUCGAGGAGCGCCGCGCAGCAGCACGUGCUGCGGAAGAAGCGGGGGAGCCGGGCCGUCGUCACGGGCGCCGGCACGGCCGUCUGCGUCCACUGGGACGUCACGGCGGCCGAGUACGCCUCCUGCGCCUCCGCCUCCCCGGAGCCCUCCGGCGGCGACUACUGCCUCGCGGUCGUCGCGGACGCCGAGCUCGCCCUCCUCCUCGGCAAGGGCGAACUCGCCCGCCGGUUCGCGUCCAGCCCGGUCACCGCCGUGCACCUCGUGAGCCGGCGCGAGCAGCUGCGCGGCGGGGGCGCCGAGGCCGCGGCCACGGCCACGGCGGCGCACGCCACCCGGUGCCGGUUCCGCGAGGGCGGGGAGGAGCACGAGGUGGCGGUGCGCGCGUGCGGCGGCAGGGGCGGCGUGGAGGGCGAGGUGCGCGUGAGCAUCGACGGCGAGGAGGUGGCGGGGGUGCGGCGGGUCGGGUGGGGGUUCCGCGGCAACCGCGCCGCCGUGCUGGGCGACGGGGAGGUGGUCGACGUCAUGUGGGACGUGCACGACUGGUGGUUCGGCCGCGGCGGCGCCGGGGCGCAGUUCAUGGUCAGGUCCAGGGCGGAGAAGGAAGGGAGGCUGUGGAUGGCCGACCAGCCGGCGUCCGCGCCGCCCGCCGGCUUCUUCUUGCACGUGCAGUGCUACCGACGGUGAUGCCCGAACCGCGCGCAACUGGCUGUCUUUCGGUCCACAGCUUGGCCCGUGCUUCACUUCCUUUGCAAGUUGCAAUGACCUUUUCAUUUCACGAAUUUCUUCAUUUCAUGAAUUUUUUGUCUCUCUUUCUAGUAGUUUGCUCCUAUGUGUACUUUAUUCAUGAAUCAUGAUAUGUGGGUAUAAAUUGGAGAAAUAGUAGGUUGAG